AUGAGAUUAUAUGCUCUAGUGAUCCGGAAACUAAUAGUGAAAAAUAAAAUAAAAUGAAUUUAUCACCUAAAAAAGAAGCUACCAAGAAGGAACGGUUGAAUUACCCAGAAGAUAUAAAAAAGGAACCAUUGAAUUACCUGGAAGUGUCACUACCCAUUACCCACUCAUUCAUUCACCUAAUUUGCAUAAAGUCCCAUCGCAUUCCAUAACCAAAUCAUAGAUCUUAGUAACCCUUUCAUUCAUUCACCUAAUUUGCUGAUUUAGAUAUAUGGCUUGCACUAUCAUACAAACCAACUCUUCUUCUUCUUCUUCUUCUUCUUCUUCUUCUAUGAUGACAUUGAAAUUGAAGUAUGACGUUUUUGUUAGCUUUAGAGGUCAAGACACACGCAACAAUUUCGCCGAUCAUCUUUUUGCUGCCUUUCGAAGAAAAGGCAUUUUAGCAUUCAGAGAUGACACUAAGAUUCAGAAAGGGGAAUCCAUAGCACCUGAACUCCUUUGUGCAAUUGAAGCCUCUCAGAUUUUCAUUGUGAUCUUCUCAAAACACUAUGCUUCUUCAACAUGGUGCUUGCGAGAAUUGGAAUCUAUCCUUCAUUGUAGUCAAGUUUCUGGAAGAUGUGUUCUUCCUGUUUUCUAUGAUGUUGAUCCUUCUGAUGUGAGACAUCAAAAAGGAAGUUAUGCUGAAGACCUUGCCAAACACGAGGAAAGAUUUCAACAUGACUCAGAUUUGGUGCAAAGAUGGAGGGAAGCUUUAACACAAGUCGCCAAUUACUCUGGUUGGGAUAUGCGUCAUAAGGCUCAAAAUGCAGAGAUUGAAAAGAUUGCUGAAGAGAUAAUGAAUAUAUUAUUGGGUCACAAAUUUUCAUAUCUUCCAAAAGAUUUAAUUGGGAUAAAUUUACCUAUUGAGAAAGUAGUAAAUCUAUUACUUUUAGACUCACUUGAUGAUGUUCGGGUUGUAGGAAUUUGUGGGAUGGGUGGAGUAGGGAAGACAACUCUUGCUACUGCUUUAUUUGGUCAAAUCUCUCAUCAAUUUGAUGCUCGUUGUUUUAUUGAUGAUCUAAGCAAAAUAUAUAGACAUGAUGGUCCAAUUGGUGCACAAAAGCAAAUCCUACACCAAACUCUUGGUGGGGAACCCUUUCAGAUAUGCAAUCUCUAUGACACGGCUAACUUGAUACAAAGUAGGCUUCGUCGCCUGCGAGCACUUAUAAUUCUUGACAAUGUUGAUAAAGUUGAUCAACUCGAUAAGUUAGCCGUGAAUCGUGAAUGGUUAGGUGCAGGGAGUAGAAUCAUUAUAAUUUCUAGAGAUGAGCAUAUCUUGAAAGCAUAUGGAGUGGAUGCAGUUUACAAAGUUCCACUCUUGAAUGAGACUAACUCCGUUCAAUUAUUUUGUCGAAAAGCAUUCAAACUUGACCAUAUUUUGAGUAGUUAUGAAGGGUUGGUUAAUGGCAUACUACAUUAUGCCGAUGGCUUACCAUUAGCAAUUAAAAUAUUGGGUUCAUUUUUGUUUGGUCGAGAUAUAUCUGAAUGGAAAAGUGCAUUGUCUAGAUUGAGAGAAAGUCCAAACAAAGAUGUCAUGGAUGUGUUACGAUUAAGUUUUGAUGGGUUGGAGGAAUUGGAAAAAGAAAUAUUUCUUGAUAUUGCUUGUUUUUUCAAUGGGUGCCAGGAGAGUUAUGUCAAAAAAGUUCUAAAUUGCUGUGGAUUUCAUGCUGAUAUUGGUUUAAGAGUUCUAAUUGAUAAAUCACUUCUAAGCAUUUCAAAUGGAGAUCGAAUUAUAAUGCAUAGUUUGUUAGAAGAGUUGGGCAAAAACAUUGUCCAAGAAAUUUCAACCAAAGAAUCAAGAAAGUGGACGAGGGUGUGGCUCUACGAACAACUCCAAAAUGUUAUGUUAGAGAAUGUGGAAUGGACGGUUGAAGCCAUAUCAUUAGGUAUAUAUUUUGAGGACAAACAAAAACCGAUCAUGGUUGAAACAUUAUCAAAAAUGAGUCAUCUUAGAUUGCUCAUAUUCGGGGACAUUAUUUUUAAAGGAAACCUUAGCUACCUCUCUAAUGAGUUAAGAUAUGUGGAGUGGUUUUGGUAUCCUUUUGAGUAUUUGCCGCCAUGUUUUCAUCCCAAUCAACUUGUUGAAUUGACCUUGAGGCAUAGCUGCCUCAAACAACUAUGGAAAGAUAAGAAGUAUUUGCCCAAUUUGAGAAGGUUGGAUCUAACUUACUCAAAAAAUCUAAGAAAGAUGCCAGAUUUUGGGGAUAUUCCAAACCUUGAGGAGCUAGAUCUUACAGGUUGUAUAAAGCUUGUGGAAAUUGAUCCAUCUAUCGGGGUUCUAAAAAAGCUUUAUUACUUAAGUUUGAAAGAUUGCAAAAAUCUAGUAAACAUACCAAACAACAUAUUUGGUCUCACCUCUCUUCAAUAUCUAAAUCUUUCGGGGUGUCCCAAAAUGAAUAAGAAUCCAAUUCCAAGGCAAUCAAGAACUUCCUUCUGGAAACGGACCACAAUUGGUUUACGUUCCUUUUACGGUUAUCAUGAAGGUUUAGCUAGUUCUUUGGUGCCUUCUUUUCUUAGCUUAUAUUGUUUGAGUAAAGUUGAUAUCAGUUUCUGUGGUCUAAGUCAACUCCCAAGUGCAAUUGGAUGUCUACGUCAGCUAAAAAGAUUAAAUAUAGGGGGGAACAAUUUUGUGACACUACCUAGCCUGAAGGAGCUUUCCAACCUUGAAUAUUUAAACUUACAGCAUUGCAUGCUUUUGGAAUCUUUGCCUCUGCUUCCUUUACCUACUUUUUUUGAUCAUAUGACAAAACAUAAGACCACUUUCAAGCAUAUGAAAAAUUAUAAUUAUAAGAGGAAAAUAGGACUGGUCAUUUUCAAUUGUCCUAAGUUGGGUGAGAGUGAAUAUUGUGAUAACAUUGCAUUUUCAUGGAUGACACAAUUCAUUUGGGCAAGACAGCAGUCGUCUAGUGCCUUCUUUUAUGGGAAUUUAAUUGAUAUUGUUAUUCCUAGAAGUGAAAUACCAAUUUGGUUCAAAAAUCAGAGCGAGAGUGGUUCAAUAAGAAUGGAACUAUCUACCAUUAUGAACAAUAAUUGCAUUGGCAUUGCUUGUUGUGUGGUAUUUUCUGUUGAACCUUCUGAUCGAACUGUCGAAGCUUCUGAUAGUAAUUCGGGUAUAUUUUAUGAAUUUCAUAAUAAUAGUAAUAGAUUGUGUUGGUCUGAUGGUAUUGGUGUAAUUUUAGAAAGAGGUCUUAUUCUGGUCAAAUCAAAUCACAUGUACCUAUUCUAUAUUCCUAAGAGAUCAUUCUUUGAUAUUAUGAAGUCGAUUGACCAACCUCUAACCGAUCUUGAUUAUAUCAUUUUCAAAGCUGGCAUUUAUAAUGACAAAGGUAGUGAUUUGGAGGUGCAGCAUUGUGGGUAUCGUUUGGUAUAUGAACAUGAUCUACAAGACUUGAACUUAACAAUGAUGCAUCCCGAAAAUCUGUCAACUCAUAAGGGCGAGUUUUUGGCAAUUGAAGAUGAGGCACAACCAUGAUCAUCUAGGGCUGGCAGCAUAGAUGACACUUGUAGCUCCUUUCGUUUAACCUACUGAAAAAGUGGCGCUCAUACGGAACUAGACGGUCAGAUCUGCAAGUUAGUUAGUUAGUUAGUUAGUUAAAAAAGAAAUUGUAAUUUCUUUUAUUGGUUCCAUUUAAAAAUCAUGUAAUAAAUCUUUAAUCCAAUUCAACUAGUCCAUUGGCUUUGUUUUG